AUGGGCUUUGGAGCCCUGUCCACCGCCCCAGAGGCCCAGGAUCUCCCUGUGCAUGCUCGCUCCGUGGAAAUCCAGAACUAUCUCAAGGAAAAGGCCCAUUCGGGAGAGUUGGAGUACACCAUUUUUGCCGUGGGCGUGUUCCUAGACUAUGUGGUCUCCAGGCCCACUGUGGUUGACUCAGUGAACCGGACGGCUGUGCUGUAUGACGGCGGCGAGCAUCCAUUCAGCACGACUAGCGUCGCUAGUAUUGGGAAGGCCGUAGUUGGUGCGUUGAAGAAUGCCGACGCCACGAGGAAUCGCGUGCUUCGUGUACACGACAUGGUUUUGACGCAGAGGAAGGUUUUGACGUUGGCGAAAAAGUACACUCCGCCUGCGGAGGCCUGGACCGAAUCGAGCGUCAAUGCUGAAGCCGAACUUGCUGACCUUCUUAAUCAAAUUUCCGAGAAGGGGAUGGAAAUGCCUCUGGUUCUGGGGUUGCUCAAGGCCGCGGUCUUCGGCGGGAAAUAUCCGUCCGAGUAUAAGAAGGUGGAUAACGAGCUUUUGGGUCUGGGGAUCAGGGGUGACGAGGAGUUGGAAGCAAUGUUUGCUGUUUAA